UUUGCCCUUUCCUGGUAGCUCAGCAGUAAAGAAUACAUCUGUAAUGCACUUUCACUGCUGAGGGUGUGGGUUCAAUCCCUUGUCAGGGAACUAAAAUCCCACAAGCCACAUGGUGUGGCCAAAAUAUCAGGAAAGAGACAGAGCGAGAACACAAGCAAAUGAUGGCAAUGGUAUGGAGAAAAGAGAAACCUUGUACGCCAUUGGUAGGAAUGUAAACUGCUGCAAUCACUGUGGAAAACAGUACAGAGUUUUCUCAAAAAACUAAAGCUACAACUCCCAUGUGACCCAGUAAUUCCAUUCCUGGCUACAUAUCUGAAAAAACAAACAAACAGUAAUUCAAAAAGAUACAUGGACCCCAAUAUUCAUAGCAGCAUUUUUUACAAUAGUCAAGAUAAGGAAGCAACUGAAAUUCCCAUCAACAGAUGAAUGAUAAACAUGUGACUACACACAUACAUGCACACAUGCACACACGAACACACACAAACACACAGGAAAGCUACUCAGCCAUAAAAAGUAAAAUUUUGCCCUCUGUGACAACAUGGAUGGACUUAAAGGCUAUUGUGCUAAAUAAAAUGUAAGACAAAGACAAAUACCAUCACUUACAAGUGGAAUCUAAAAAAUACAACAAAUUAGUGCAUAUGACAAAAAAGAAGCAGACUCACAGAUAUAGAGAAUAUACUAGUGGUUACCAGUGGGGAGAGGGAAGGGGGAAAAGGUGCAAUAUAGGGGUAGAAGAUUAAGAGGUACACAUUAUUAUGUAUAAAAUAACCGACAAGGACAUAUUGUACAACACAGAUAAUAUGGUCAAUAUUUUAUAAUAACUAAACGGACUAUAACCUUUUAAAAUAUAACCUUGCCCAGCCCCUCCUCUAGGCCAAUUCUGGACUGACCACUGACCUGAGACCAUAACCCCUCUUUAAUGGGCCGGCCCCGCCCCCAAUAUGGCCGCAACCAUGUGCAGUUGGUGACCACUGCGGGCUCUUUUUCUGAGACAGAGAGCAUAGCUUUGAGGAAUGGAGGGGCGGGAACUCUCCAGGGAGCAUAGCCACAAGGAGGCCCAGCGGCGCAGGAGGACCGGAGAAGCCGGCCUCGGAGGCGGUGGAACCGGGUCGCAAUGACAGUCCGCACGGAGCCCGCUCGCCUCCCGCCACCCGAGACGUCUCCCCAGCCUUUUGUACUACUUGUCGCGGAAAAUGGUCGCACUCUUGUCGCUCCAUUUAACCUCAGAGGGAGUCACGUCAGAAGCAUUGUCCCCAAAGGUACCAUGUUACCCAUUGGCUGUGUUGCCCUCCGCCCCUUCAACCCUCUCUGCGCGUGCGCAGCACUCAGGCUCCCCGAGAAACGGGAACGGAAGUCCUCUGCUGACCCCAGGGAGGAUUGACUGGCUUUAUCUCCUUGCAGUCCAAGGGACUCUCAAGAGUCUUCUUCAACAUCAGUGCACAGGCCCAGGAAACAUUGACCUUCAAGGACAUGUUUGUGGACUUCACCCAGGAGUGGCAGCAGCUGGACGCUGCUCAGAAGAACCUCCACAGGGACGUCAUGCUGGAGAACUACAGCCACCUCGUCUCCAUGGGAUACCUUGUGACCCAGCCACAUGGGAUCUUCAGGUUGGGACAAGGAGAAGAGGCGGCCGGGAUAGCAGCUGGAGAAAGCCCACUGUGGAGCUCUCCAGGAGGGAAAGAAAACUGAGAAAUGCAGAUGUGAAGGUAUUCCCUGGACCUUUGGAGAUGCUCAUCAGAGGAAUUAGAAACCUUGAAAAGAAGCUGCCCUUGGAGGUGUGACUGGGAACGCACUGAGAUUACAUCAUAUCCCAGAAUGUUCUGCACACUCAGACUCAACAUGGGAAAUGUGACUUCAAAGGGUGGAAGCUGCCUUUGAGUCUGUGCUUCCUCCUUCCACAAUUAAUAUUGAAAUAAGAAUGAGACUCAAUUCCUGGAAAUACUGGAAGCAGGAAAAAGCAGGUCAUCAGCAGACCAGAAACCCUGAUGAAUCUCUAUGGAGCAGCAGAUAUGGAAUUGAUUGAUAAAGAGUAAAUUGUAGGCCAAAAUGUCCCUGGGAGAAGGUUCAGGAAGGCUCUGAGUGAGAGGGUGCACCUGCCAGGCAGGAGUGGGCUCUGGGGAAGCCAUCUAGAGAGUCACCUGGAAUCAGCUGCCCGUCUGACUACAGCUGAGUCAUGAAACUAAUCUCUGAACAGCU